AAGAGUUUGAAAUGCCAAUUUUGCAGAAGAGAGUGAGGAGGUUUAGAUAUGCCAGAAGAAGAAGCUGUAACGUAGUGGAGUGCCAAGUGGGAGGAAGCAAAUAUGGAAAGAGGCAUUGCAUCAUCAGCAUCACUGCAAACACCCUUGUUGUUGUUCCUCAUCCUCGCUCCUUUUCAUGUCUAACGCACGUUUGUGGUGCCCUUCUUCCUCAAAAAAGAACCAAACCGCAUUGGUUGUGCUUCUUGGUUUUCUGGUCUAGCAUGGACUCGGCGCCCUUUCUUUAAUGUUGUUUUGUCUCUUUCUAUCUCUCUCCGCGAGUGAAAUGUGAGUCAGUUUGUGUUUAUAAGCUGUAUAUGAGCUUAUCAUGUCAUAUGAUCACUGGUUCGGAUUCUGUUUCUGGGUUGGUGUCUGGUUCUUUUUUGCCUUUGCAUGUCUUUGGUUCCAUCUUAAGGGUCUUGUUUCGUUGAGAAUCAUGGUCUAAUUUGCUCAAAUGGGCUGUGUUGGUUUUGGGUUAGAUUGUUUCUGAAAAGGGUCUAAUGUGUUGUUUUUGAAUUUUGAUGUUCUGAGUGGGUUUCCUGGUUUAGGAGAUUUUUAUGCAUUUUGGUUUUGUUUGAAUUGGUGAGUUUGUGUUUCCCUUUCAAGAUUGGUUCUUUUGGUGAAUGAGGGUGUUUUAGAGUUGUGGGGGGUUUGAUUUUAGGGUUUUGAGAACAUGGGACUUGAGCUAGAGGAUUUGCAGGUCAAGGGAAAAUCUAAGGAGAAGCAAAAAAUUGAGGAUGGUGAUGAAUUCAAAGGUUGUUGGAUGAAGUUUAGGUUCAUGGGGAGAUGCAUGUCUCCAAAAACCAAAGUGGAUAAUUCUACCAGUGGAACUAGCACACAAUGUGAAGAUAGCAAGUCUACAAAUGACACAAUACACGACCAAGCAGUGGCUCCAAUUGCUUUGUCUUCAACCACUAGUAACACAGAAAGUGCUUUGUCCACUCCCAAAGCACCUGAGGAAUUGAAAGUUGCUUCUCAGCUUCGAAAAUUCACCUUCAACGAGCUUAAGUCAGCAACAAAGAACUUUAGACCUGAGAAUAUUUUGGGGGAAGGUGGGUUUGGCUGUGUAUACAAAGGUUGGAUUGGUGAGACUGGAAGCACUCCAGCAAAACCUGGUAUUGGGCUUCCAGUUGCUGUAAAGACUCUGAACCAUGAUGGACUUCAGGGCCACAAAGAAUGGAUGGCUGAAGUUAUUUACCUUGGUGAACUACUUCAUCCUAAUCUAGUCAAAUUAGUUGGUUACGGCAUUGAGGAUGAUCAAAGAUUACUCGUGUAUGAGUUUAUGCCUCGAGGGAGCUUGGAGAAUCACCUCUUUAGAAGGUCCAUGACUCUUCCUUGGAACAUCAGAAUGAAAAUAGCUCUUGGUGCUGCAAAAGGUCUUGCAUAUCUUCAUGAGGAAUCUGAAAGACCAGUUAUUUUUCGAGAUUUUAAAACAUCUAAUAUUUUACUGGAUGUGGACUACAAUGUUAAGCUUUCUGAUUUCGGACUCGCUAAAGAUGGUCCAGAGGGAGAUAAAACUCAUGUCUCCACCCGAGUGAUGGGCACUUACGGUUAUGCAGCCCCCGAGUAUGUUAUGACAGGUCACCUUACUUCAAAAAGUGAUGUAUAUAGUUUUGGAGUGGUUCUGCUUGAAUUGCUGAGUGGACGAAGAUCUAUGGACAAAAACCGACCCCAAGGGGAGCAGAACUUGGUGGAGUGGGCACGCCCACAUUUUGGAGAUAGGCGAAGAUACUACCGACUAGUAGAUCCUCGACUUGAAGGUCGCUUCUCAAUUAAAGGUGCUGAAAAGGCAUUUCAGUUGGCUGCCCACUGUCUUACUCGCGACCCAAAGGCUAGACCUCUAAUGAGUGAAGUUGUUGAAGUAAUGAAGCCUCUGCUGAACCUCAAGGAUCAAGCCUGUUCCUCAUCUCACCCCCAAGCCAUGCAUGCAGAACGUCAGGGUUCCAAUCCCAUUUCUAUAAAUGGCCUUGGAGUUCAGGGUGGGUUUUCAAGAAGGAAUGGACAACCAUCUAGAAGCCGGUCUCUACCAAAUGGUCCAAAUGUCUCACCAUAUAACCAUCCCCACCGCUCUCUAUCAAAUGGUCCCAAUGUCUCACCAUAUCACCCAGGCCAUCCUCACCAAUCACCCAAACCAUCUACAGCCAAGUCAGCUACACCAAAAUCACCCAAACCUGCUACUGCUUGAUUGUAAGAUUGAGCCGGAUGUAGAAGCGAUGUUGGAGUAUGUGUGUUCUUCGGAUGAAUGAUGAUAUAAGCUAGGUUUCGCCUUUGCCGUGCAGUUACAGCUGGACUUUAGAAAUCCAUACACAGCAUAGCAUAGAAUAUAACAAAGAAAUAUCUAUAGCUUUCUUUUUUAGGUCGUUGUCCUUUUAAUCAAAAUGGAACAGAACUUUGUAGCUGCAUGUUGCA